AUGCCUGGCAGCGACCUGCGCCUGCUCGCCCUCGACGGCGGCGGCACGCUGGCUGCGAUAGCCACGGAGACGGAGCAGACGGCAGAGCGGUUCCGGCGCGAGCGGGGGCUGCUAGACAGCACGGGGCGGUACUACCGGUUCAACGUGGUGCGAGGACUAGAAGACAUUGGGCUGGAGGAGGCGAAGAAGGUCAAGGAGAUGGCGGCAACGACGCGACGAUACGUUAGCUCGCAGGAGGUGCACCAGCAGAUGCAGGCAUGCGCGGGCAGCAUCGCUGGCAGAGAGUACUUUGGAGAAUACCAAACCGUCCUCAGUCUUAAGGGCGUCCCAAAAGCGCGCCAUUUUGUGGACAGGCCAGCAGAAAUGGCGGAACUCGAACGUGUGUUGCUGCCGCAACCAAGACAGAACCAGCGCCAGCGCCAGAAGAUACAUGUGCUACGUGGCCUCGGCGGGAUGGGCAAGACACAGUUGGCGGUAGAGUUUGCGCGGCGAUACCACCGCCGCUUCAGCUCGGUGUUCUGGCUGGACGGGCACAGUGAAGACACCCUUAAGCGCAGCAUCGCGAGCUGCGCGGGCAGGAUCCCGACAGGCCAGAUCCCUGAUACUAGCAGGCAAUACACAGCAGGUGCCAGCGCUGACAUCGAUGUGGUAGUCAAGGACGUUAUGACUUGGCUUGCACGGCCUGACAACACGGCUUGGCUGCUUAUCUUCGACAACGUCGACCGAGAGCACACAGCGCAAGGGGGUGACCCUAAUGCGUACAACGUGGAGCGCUACCUGUCGGGCGCAGACCACGGGUCAGUGCUGGUGACGACUCGAUUGGCACGGUUAGAGCAGCUGGGAGACUCGCAGCAACUGGGUAAGGUGUCCACAGCGCAGGGACAGGCCAUCUUGGAGAGCUGGUACAACAGGAAGCACGAUGCAGCUGUGGGCGAGCGGCUACUUGUGUUACUAGACGGCCUGCCGCUCGCCAUUGCGCAGGCGGGUGCAUACCUCCAGGAGAGCGGAGUAGGAAUGGCGACAUACCUGAGGUUCUACAAGAAACAAUGGAGCGAGCUAAUGGAGUCGGGCCACCUAGCCAAUGCGCCGCUCCAGGACUACCCAGAGCGCAGCGUGUGGACGACGUGGGCCGUUUCAUACCAGGCGAUCCGCAAUAAGCACGAAGCUACGGCCAACUUACUGCUGCUAUGGUCGUUUCUAGACAACAAAGACUUAUGGCAUGGCUUAUUUGCUGCAAUACAUGAGCGUUCUGUUAUAGCUACUGCGAUGCUGGCAGGGUGGGUGGGGAGCAUUGCGAGCAGCGAGAUUGAGUUUAGCAGAGCGAUGCAGCUGCUGUGCAACUACUCCCUAGUGGAACAGGUGCAAGAUGUUGGGAGCUACACAGUACAUCCAGUAGUGCAUAAGUGGGCGCAUCACUCGCAAGGCAGGCACUUCGCAACAGAGCUAAGUCGACUAGCGGUGGUGGCUGUUGGUCAGACUGUGCCGGAGAGCGAGACCCAAGACUCCUUCGUCCUACAACGGCGACUUCUUCCGCACGCGCAGGCUUGCUCUAGCCAGAUAGUUGAGGGCGAGACAGUUUGGCGUGGGAGAGCUGAAGGCGAUAACGAUGGAGACAUCUAUGGAGAGAAAGAGCAAAAGACUCUUCUUGAUGCUGUGCAUCUCCUGGGCCUUCUCUAUGCGAGACAAGGCAAGCUAAGCGAAGCAGAGCAAAUGUACAAGCGAGCACUGCGAGGAAAAGAGGAGACAUUGGGCCCGAAGCACUUGUCAACAUUGGCCACGGUAGGAAACAUUGGUAUGCUCUUUAAAGAGCAAGGCAAAUUUAUCGAGGCUGAGCAGAUGUUGAAGCGGGCCCUGGAAGAGUAUAAGGCCUUGGAACCUGGGAACUUAUUAACAUUCAAAACAGUGGCCAACCUAGGGCUUCUGUAUAAAGAACGUAGUAGAUUUGCAGACGCAGAGCGGAUGUACAUAGAAGCACUGCAAGGAUUUGAACAGGUACUAGGAUCCAACCACAAAACGACACUACGAACGGCCAACAAUCUAGGCAUUCUCUACAAGAAUCAAGGCAGGCUGGUAGAUGCAGAACGGAUACACAAACAGGUGCUAAAGAGAAAAGAAGAUGCUCUAGGAUCUAAGCACCUGUCAACACUCCAAACAAUCGAUAGCCUUGGUGUGGUCUACAUGAACCAAAGCAAUUUAACGAAGGCAGAAGAGCUUUACGAAAAGGCGCUUAAUGGGAAAGAAGAGGUCUUAGGAUCUAAGCAUCAUUUGACGUUACAGACUGUCGGCAAUCUAGGCAAUCUCUAUCAUUGUCAAGGUAGGCUGGUAGAUGCAGAGAGGAUGUUAGAGCGCGUGCUGCAAGGGUACAAGGAUGUUUUCGGUCACAAGCAUCCGUCAACACUAAAUACAAUUAACAAUCUUGGAAUUCUCUACAAGGACCAAGGCAAGCUAGCAGAGUCCGAGAUACUGUUAGAACAAGCAUUGCAUUGGAGAAAAGAGGCGUUCGGUCCCAAUCAUACAUCAACAAUCGAGACAAUCAACAACCUGGGCAUUCUAUACGUAGAACAAGGCAAGCUAGUAGAGGCAGAGAAGAUGUACAAGCAGGCGCUGCGAGGAUAUGAAGAGAAACUUGGGCCCAGCCACUCCUCGACACUACAGACGAUCAGCAACAUAGGUCUCCUUUACGCGAAGCAAGGCAGGCUGGAUGAAUCAGAGCAGAUGUACGAGCAGGCGCUGCAAGGGUACGAGGCACUCGGCAGUGUUCGCGUCCAGCAGUACAUGCCAGCACUCAAUACCUUAGAGAACAUGGGCAAUCUCUAUGCGAAGCAAGCCGAUGUCGCCAAAGCUCGAGCGGUGUACGCAAGGGCUCUUUCUGGCUUAACUAGUGUGCUUGGUCAGUCGAGUGAGAGGUGCAUGAGCUUAGCCGCGAAGAUGGACGCUUUGCCCUCUCCUAGGAAAGAAAGAAGGACAGCCGGAACUUCAACAGUAGGAGAGAGCUCUGCACAACAGCACGACAGAAUAAAGAAAAGCUCUGGAUUGUCGAUACGGAGACUUGUCAAAAAGGUGUUUUAACAGCGUUCUUCUGUUUAUCGUAUACAGCAGAUAGAAUCCAUAAAAAGAACAACUAUUACAUGAAGUUAGACAUUAUUGCAU